CAUCGACCGCUCCACCCCUCCACCCCUCCACCCCUCCACCGCUCGCUCCGUCGCUCGGCCCGCCCGCGGUGCUAAAGAGGCUCGACCGCAUAUACCUUUUGGAUCCCAUUAUUCUGUCGCCGUAGUGCCAGGUUCAGGCACUCUCCUCCCAUCGAUAUCCAUCUACAUCUCUCUACACACUCACGCAGACACUCAGACACGUCGGCCCACCCCGCACGCGUUCGCUCAAUCCCCUCCGCAAUCGCCAUUAUUUCCCUUAUUAUAGUCCUUCGCUUUGCACAGAGACUGCCUCUGCUGUUUGCUCUUAUCCUCGAUUGAUACCGUCUGAAUGCCCUACUACAACGCGCACGCAUACAACUACCGAUAAUCUCUUUGGCCAUGGCGCCGGCCGCCCAACCACUACCCACCCGCUUUCCCUGCUGGUGCAAGGCAAUCUAUUCCUGGGGAGGCGAGACGAAACGCGACUUGGGCUUCAUCGAGGGCGACCUCAUCGAAUGUCUCAAUGCAGGUGACGGGUCCUGGUGGAUGGGCCGUCUGAAGCGCGACCGGCGCAUGGUCGGCCUGUUCCCCUCCAACUUCGUCGAACUACUCCACGAGGAUUUCCAGCCAUGGAGCCGGAAUGCGAGUCCACUCACCCACAACCGAGGAAGCAUAUCCCGGCAGAACAGUGCCCAACAGCAACCACAGAAACAAACUCCACAGAAGACCAAGAGCAUGUUCAGGAAGCCCUUCACCGCCUAUGCCGCGGCGGGCUCGCCCAAUCCUGCAGCCGCUGCGCGAGAAGUCCAGAAGGCCGGAGGCAGCACCCAUGGAAGCCUCAAGGUUACCCACAAGCCCUACUCGUCCAUGAAAAGGCUAUCCACCGAAAGCCGUGACUCGAACUCGCCGGCCCCGCGGCCGCCUUCCAACCUCAGAGCGGUUUCCCCUCGUCCGUCGUCAAAGCGUUCCAUCGCCCCGCGUGCCGUGUCUCCUGCACCACAGUCCAACUUUGACGCCUACUCCAGGGCAGCAUCUCCAGCUCCACCUGCACCUUUCCAGCCGACCUCCCGCGGACCAUCCCCCAUCCCCCGGCACGACUACAGACCGCACUCGCCCAGCCUAUCCCCAGCCGCUUCCUUCCAGUACCAGGCAUAUUCACGGGGACCCUCCCCAGCACCACAGGAAGAUUACCGGCCCUUAUCUCGCGCAGCUUCGCCUGCUCCAUCGUUCCAGUAUCAGGCAUAUUCUCGAGGCCCAUCGCCUGCCCCAUUUGAAGAUUAUGGGUCACCUCCCCCACCCCCACCGCCUCCGCAUCGUGUUCCCUACAAUUCCCAUGGAACGCCCUCCCCUGCGCCAUCUCCCAGAGCCUAUCCUAGCCCAACCACUCAAUCUCCCGCCCCACACACUCCGGAGCCUCGACACCGUAACUCUGGGAACUUUACCCCCUCUCCAUUGACCAAUGCCAUGAACGACAUUAUGUCCUCGUUGCAAGACAUGACCAUGUCACGCAGUGCGCAUACGCCUGACGAGCCCCCAACACCAGCUAAUCCAUGGUCACCCGAGGCAUUUGAUCAGAUCUAUCAAGCGUCCGCGAAAAAGGUCCGCGCACAAACAGCACUGGAAAUGGGAAGCCAGCCUGCAUAUGCACAUGAAGAAGGUUUCAGGCACCGGAAUAAGAGCUGGGACGAUGGGCCCCCUCAGGUGCAGAACUACGUGCAAACGAUGGAGAGCAGGUUGAGGCAACUGCAAGCACAGGAGUCUCAGGGUCGUCCGGACGAUGAGUUAUUCAUCCCUCCCGAUUCGAUUGGGCCUCCCCCUGCUGUUCCCCCCAAGAACCCGUCGUAUCAGGCAGCAAGGCCAACGUCUUCCAGCGAAGAUGCCCAGCAGGAGGACAUGGUGCGGAAGCGCAGCUCACGAUUGCUUCGACACCGCAAGUCUGCGUACGAGAUAGGACGUAACGUGCUGAACCGAACCUUCACUACAAAGACCAACUCCACAAGUACCACACACACGAGCCAAAGUACGAAUCGAAGUUUAAUGUCCGGCUACUCCGCAACCAACAUGAGUGCCACCAGUGCGGGCAGCUACUAUCGUAAGAAGCUGUCAAAGGAUCGUCCUCUCAGUGCCAUGGAAGAUGUCGAUGCGACCCCUAAGGCGUACGGCUUUGACAGUGGGCGGCCCGAGACGCCAUUUACGGGAGUGACCUACCAUUCAAGUCAUGCCUCUCAGCCUCGGCCUGAGACGCUCCAUCAACAGAGCAACAGCUGGUCUGGGGAAGUGAAGGAGGGGCAGGACCCCCUCGGUGGGCUUACGGCGCCUAAACCGAAGAAGAGUGGCUUUUUCCGCAAGAUGAUAGACACAGCAAAGACCUCUGCCGCCAACGCCCGAAGCACCAUUGCUGCUGGCUCAUUAAGCAGGCCCGGUUCGCGCGCCGCUAGUCGAGCGGCCAGUCGUGCUGCGAGCCGCGCCGCUGGUCGCAUCGAUGACGGAACUCCAACCGCUAUCGCCGGUGGUACUGCUGUUCAGUCAAAUGCAGCUCGAGAUAUGGGAUUGGGUGGUUCCAUUGACUGGGUUCAGGUUCGUCGCGAUGUGAAUCGCUCCAACUCCCUCAGCAGAAAUGAACGGCGAGAACGAGCAGAUCGCUGCACCAUGCUCGACAUUCCCGUCAUAAAUCCCGUCGAUAUUCUGUACGAGUCAGCCGAAGGAGACGAAGGCCUAGACGGAUUGCCCAUUACAGAGCCGACGGACUUCACAAUGUCAAACCUUGCAUUAGUCGACAAGAGUACAAGAUUCGUGAACAGCAUUCCUCUUGGUACCACACCCGCUUCUCUUGCUCAGGGUUAUGUCUGUCGGCCAUAUAGGAGCGAUGUUCAACGUCUGCGAGCCAUAUUCACUUGGACUAGUGAGCGGAUUCGCUGGGAAGAGGACUUCGAGGGCGAAAUUGACACCCGGCUGGUGUUGCAAAAUAAACGAGGCUGCUCUCAAGAGAUUGCAAUCCUAGUCGCAGAAAUGUGCACUGCUGUCGGUCUUCACGCAGAGGUGGUUCGCGGUUAUCUCAAGACUCCAGGGGAAACACUUGACCUCGAGAGCGCGGCCCGACCAAACCAUUUUUGGAACGCCGUCAUCGUCGAGGGGGAAUGGCGCAUCAUGGACUGUUCCCUUGCAGGGCCAACCAAUCCCAAACGUGCGCUCUACUCUGACGUUGGCUCCCAGACCGCAGAUCCGUGGUACUUCCUCGCUCGCCCGAUGGAGAUUUGCUAUACCCAUGUGCCUCUACUCCCAGAACAGCAACAUAUAUGUCCGCCGCAACCGCAUGAGGUGUUAAUGGCUCUGCCGUGCGCCAGCCCGACAUACUUCAAGCAUCGAUUGCACAUGGUCGACUUCGACACGAGUUUGCUAAAUCUUGACAAUCUGGAAGUGGCGCAUAUCUACAUCAACGUGCCUGAAGAUGUAGAAUGUGUGGCAGAGGUAGAAGCAAAAGCCGUUACGCAAGACGCUGAUGGCGAUUAUUUCGAGAGCGGCGACAUUGUGGAGAAGCCUGCGUUGGCACAAGCAGAGUGGAUAGCUGGUCAGAAGCGCUAUACUGUUAAAGCGUUGCUUCCAGGAGAUGAGGGUCAUGGCGUACUGAAAGUAUAUGCCGGACCUCGUGGCCUCAUGCACUCCAACAAGCACAACCCCCAUUCCCUCGCCCUCGCACUGCCCAUCAAUCAUACGGGCACCAACCCGCCAUAUUCUUUUGUCACCCUGCACCCCACUCCUCACGCCCAGCGACACGACCUCUAUAUCGCACAGCCCCAAUGCGCUAACCUGGCCCUGAAUAAUACCUACGUCUUCACCGUCCGCCAACAUCCAUCUUCUACUAAAACGCGCUCCAACUCCCACGACAGCACUGCAAACAGUGGAGGUGGCCGCAUCAGCCCCGCGCCCUUCGGAAUCACGCGUCCUACAUCUGCGAUGAGCGUCCAUUCCAUUUCCGCCUCUGGCUCCAAUUAUUCCUCCAACCCGUCCACGUCCUCGUCUGGCGCGAACCUACCUGGGACACACGCGCUCAAACCAGCAAAACUGGCCAUACAAACGCCAUCAGGGAAAAUUAUCCGGUUGACGCGCAAAGCAGAGCAUAUGACUGGAACCGGUGGAAAGAGUGAAGAUGGCACUCCUGACCUGACAUCGACAUGGGAGACGGUGAUCAAGAUUGGGGAACGAGGGGUUUGGCGCGCACUUGUACUGGCGGAUCGGAGUGCGAGGUGGUGCGUUUUCGCGCAGUGGACAGGGCAAUAGAAAACGAUUGCACGCUUUCGCCAUUCGAUGUUUCAAGAGCAUGGCCAUGACUGCAGUUGGUCUUUAUUGAUGAAGUUUGACGCCACGUGUACGAUAACGAUAAAGAUUAGAUCUUGGUUCUUUCGUGUACCGUGUAUCUGCAUGUCUGGGUCUAGUGGCGCGAGAAACCUAUAAUGACAUACGGAAGAAGUGUUAGGGCUGAGCGAAGGAGUAGGUGGGAGUAAUGCAGACGAGCUCGGGAUGCGUGCUUUGGAUGUUUCCAGGCUCACGAUUAGCGUUUGUUAGGAGUGUCUAGACUGGCACGGACAGCCCGUAGUAGCUCGACUAUGUCAAAAACGCCGAAACAAUGCAGGGAAUUCGUACUUGUAACCAAUCUGAAUGAAUAUGCAAAGAAGGCUUGACUACGGCA